AUGUAUUUGCCCGUCAAAUCAUUUCCCUAACAGACAGCUGUCCUCCUGAGACUUAUAGCGAAAUAUGAUAAUAAUACAUGGAAGAUUUACAUACAGAUAUUAGGAGCCCGCUAACGCAAACUUGGAACGGAGGUGUGUGGAGUAGCGCGCAAAUCAGAAUACGCCUUCUAAACCAUACUCGCUACACCUUACUUCCAGGCGAAGAUAUGGCCGACCCGGACGAAACUGUACCGAUGCAGAGCAAAAGUACUGAAGUUGAAGAAGUAGAGUUUAUGCCUGGCGAGAGUUUGGAGACAAAUUCGCCUAAAAAUGAUCGAAUUCGCAUUGCUAUGUCGCUGAUUGCGGUUGUUGUUCUUGUUGGAGUCGCAUUUGCAGUUGGUUAUAUUGUUCGACUAGUUCUGUUCAAGUGCGGGCCGGAAGACGAAGGAAAGACCUUAGACCUGACCGCUAAACUUGUCAAGGAGGCAUUUGACAGCAUAUCCAGCUCCCGUAUUGAGUCGCAAUUAAGAUAUUUCACUAAGAUUCCUCACAUUGCUGGUUCUCAAGAAAGUUAUGAUCAAGCUCUUUACAUGCAGAAAGAGUGGCUUAAAUAUGGUGUAGACUCGGCUGAGCUAAAGAAGUAUAACGUUCUCUUGUCAUACCCUACAAGGCCUGGAUUAGCCAGCAUUUUGAAUACCAAUGGCUCAGAAAUGUUCCGUGCAAGCCAAAGAGAAAAGUCCCUAAACAAAGAUGAAGAGAAGCCAAAUGUACUCCCUCCAUUUCAUGCAUAUUCGCCCUCUGGACAAGUCACGGGAAGGCUUGUGUUUGUAAACUAUGCCAGAGUGGAGGACUUCAAGAUGCUCAAGACGAUGGGGGUACCAGUAGCUGGACAUAUCGCCAUUGCUAAGUAUGGUGCAAUCUUCAGAGGUGAUAAGGUGAAGUUUGCAAGUGAGGCAGGUGCAAUAGGUCUUCUCCUGUACUCUGACCCAGACUCAAGUCCUGAGGGUCCAGGCAAGGUCUAUCCUGACGCCUACUGGCUCCCACCCACAGGAGUACAGCGUGGAAGUGUCUACCUUGAGGAUGGUGAUGCCGUAACUCUCGGCUAUCCCGCUGUUGAUGGUGCUUAUGCCUCACCAACCAAAGAUGCUGGAUUUCCUAAGAUCCCAUCAUACCCAAUUUCAAGUCAAGAUGCAGAACAUUUUUUAAAGCUACUUACCAUCAAGGAAGCCCCUAAGGAAUGGAAAGGUGGACUGCAAAUGACGUACUACACCAUGAUGGACCCAAAUGACGAGAGGAAUGUCAGUCUCGAUGUGGAGAUGAGUCUGGAGACCAAACCAGUCUACGAUGUGGUCGGGAUCAUACGCGGUAGCGUGGAGCCUGAUCGUUUGGUGAUGUUUGGUAACCAUAGAGACGCAUGGGUGUUCGGGGCAGCCGACCCCUCAAGUGGCACGGCAUCUUUGAUGGAACUUGUGCGUGUUUUUGGUGAACUCAAGGCUAACAGGAAUUGGCGUCCGCGCAGAACGAUAGUGUUCCUCAGCUGGGGUGCUGAGGAGCCUGGCGUGCUAGGAUCCACUGAAUGGGCUGAGGAAUUUUCGAAUCUGUUGAGUUACCGCGCAGUAGCUUACCUUAACGUCGAUAUAGCGGUACAAGGUAACUAUUCAUUACGUCUCAAGUCCAGCCCAUUGAUGGAUUAUGCGGUUUUUGAUGUCGCCAAGAAGGUGUACACCCCGUCUGGUGAGAGCGUGUUUAAUGACUGGAAGAGCAAGUUCCCGGACAAGUCCAAUCGAGACUGGCCACAGGUUUUAAAGGUGGGGUCCGGGAGUGACUACGCCGCUCUUUACAACCGUCUGGGGGUACCGUCAUUAGACCUCAGAUAUACCUUUGACACGAACAAAUGGGAUUUUAAGGGCAGUUACCCCAUGUACCACUCGGUACACGACUCGUUUCACUGGAUGAAGACGUUUGUGGAUCGUGACUUCCAGUAUCAUCGCACAAUGACACAGCUUUGGAUGCAGAUCGGCACGGCUCUUGCAGACUCCACCCUCAUACCUUUUAAUUGCAGUCGAUACGCGGAAAAAUUGAGUCAGUACACACGUGAUUUGAAAAGUUCGUAUGGAGCUGUGUUAGCGGGCCAGAAAAUCAGCCUCGAACCUCUAGAUGCUGUCAUUAAAAGCUUCACUGCCUCUGCCAAGUCUUUUCAUGAGCACCUUGAAUCUAUCAACUUAAAGGACCCUCUCGCCGUCAGGAUGGCCAACGACCGCUUGGUCCAGUUCGAGAAGUCGUUUAUCAACCCCGAGGGGUUGCCGGGAAGACCUUAUAAACGACACGUCGUAUUCGCCCCAAGUGCUCACAACCUGUACCUCGGCGUCAGUUUUCCAGGCCUCUUUGACGCGUUGUACGAAGCACAAGACCUGGGUAAAGGAGACUGGGUUCAGGUGAACCGUCAGCUAGAGUUCGUCGUUCAUCACAUUCGUAUGGUCGGCAACCUGAUGAGUAUAAACACAGUGUAAAA